CGAAGAUAACUGUAGCGGUUUGCUAUGGCUACUUACGAGACGCUGCGGCUCCGCCGCCCGGAUGAGAACCCAAAACCAGCAGCCCCUCCGAAGUUGCGGCAUACAGGGAUUCUACAGGAUCAACUCCGGAGAACUGCACGACCACCAUGGUGUCCGAGCUUUUCGCUCGCUAUCCGCAUCCUCCUGCUCAUCAGAGUAAGCGCAGCCAUGUGGGGCAACAUUCAGGAUUGUGACGAAGUUUUCAAUUUCUGGGAGCCUCUGCAUUAUCUGGACAGGGGUUACGGCUUUCAGACAUGGGAAACAUCACCUGCAUACGCCAUUCGGAGUUGGGCAUACAUCAUUCUGCACUACGUCCCUGCGAGAGUCCUAAAUGUAGUUAUCCAUGAGACAGGCAAGAGACCGGCAUUCUUCGCCGUCCGAACCUUCCUAGCUGUCAUUUCGAGCGUGUGCGAAGCCAGCUUAUACAACACAGUCAAGGAGAAGAUCAACAACCGCGUAGCUCGUUAUUUGUUGUUUAUGAUGGCUACUAGCGCUGGCAUGUGGAACGCAUCGAUAGCCUUUCUGCCAUCGUCCUUCGCCAUGUACGCCGUCACGCUGGCUUGCUCCUAUGCGUUCGUCCCAUCGAAUCAGGCGGAUGGCAAACGCACACUUGCCGCCACACUUCUGUUUGCUACCGGAGCCAUCGUAGGGUGGCCUUUUGCGCUAGCUGUCGCCAUUCCGUUUGUUCUUGAAGAGCUCUUCUUAUAUGCAGGCGAUCGUGUUCGCGCCGACCAGUACGGCUCCUGGAUCGUCAACCGGUGGACAAGACUUUUACUUUGCGGCGCGGCUGCUGCCCAGGUUGCUGUUCCUGUUAUCGUCAUCGACACGUUCUUCUACGGAAAAAUUGUCGCAGUGCCUUGGAAUAUCGUCAAGUACAACGUCUUCCCUGAUGCUGCUCGUGGUCCCGAACUUUACGGAACCGAACCUUGGACCUUUUAUGUUUUGAACCUUCUGCUAAACUUCAAUAUUCUGCUCCCGCUGGCUCUCCUCUCUCUACCUGCCCUCUUCGUGACUUCUCGCAUCGAUCGUCGCCGGUUGGGCUUUCAACAGAGCGGACCCGAAAAUUCGUCGCCUUUCACGGUCCUGGCUUUCAGAUUAAUGCCUAUGUACAUCUGGAUGGUCAUCCUGAAUAUUCAGCCGCACAAGGAGGAGAGGUUCAUGUUCCCCGUAUAUCCGUUGAUAUGCUUCAAUGCUGCCGUAUCAGUGUAUUUGAUGAGGGGUUGGUUAGAAGUGGCGUUCGUCAAGAUCACGAAAUCUCCGUAUAGGGCCUCGAAGACCUCCAUAUUCCGUCUUUCGACGUUGUCAGUUAUCGUGUUUACGGCCAUAAUCUCCCUCGCUCGUAUCCUUGCCCUUUGGAAGUACUACCAUACUCCUAUGACCAUCGUCUAUCACUUCGAGCACGAGGAGAUCCCUCACCUUCUCAACACCACGAACCUCCUUCCCCAACCACUUCUACCCCCUCUUCACAUGCGAUCUCCAGAAGAAAUUAGAAGAGCUGAGACGUCUCGUGAGGAAGAACGGCCGCCUAUCGAUCUGGGACCGAUCAAGGAGUUCGAUUUAAGACUUUGCGUUGGAAAGGAGUGGUAUCGGUUCCCUGGUCACUAUCUCGUUCCGGAUGGUGUGAGGGUAGACUGGAUCAAGAGCGAGUUCGAUGGACAGUUGCCCGCUCACUUCACGGUAACGGAAGGUGGCUUCUUUGACCGAGCUCGUGGCACCAGCGUUGUGCCUCCAGGGUUGAACGAUCUGAACAAGGAAGAACAUAUGCAUUACGUCAACGCCUCAACUUGCGACUAUCUUAUCGACCUCGAUUACCCUCACGAUCCAAUCACCUCCUUGUACGAACCACGGUACGCUGUCGACGAGAAGACCUGGGACCGCGUCUCGUGUCUUCCCUUCCUCGACGCCCGUCAUUCGUCGUUGUUGACCAGGACGUUGUGGCUUCCCGGAGAGAACUGGCAAAAGAUGAACAAGUUUGGCGAUUAUUGCUUGUUGAGGAAUAGGGAAAGAGUGGAGAAGAAGAUCAAGGAGUUGACUAGGGCACGCGCUGCCUGAGAAGUACUUUAAUAACUAAAAGGACGCUAUACCAUCCCAUUAAUUAUUAGCCGUAAUUAUGAUAGAGCUCGGUGUUCUCGUCUUGCC